AUGGACGGGUCGAGGGUGGACGGACCAGGCGUGUGGUGGAGGUUGAGCAAGCACGGAUGCUCGGAGUUUGGGUGGGUGCCCCUCGUCGACGGGGACCGGGUCGCAGCGCACACACACAGGCACGGGAGCCGCAGAAGACGGACAGCAAUAGGAAGGGCUGGGAGUGGGGAUGAUGAGCAGGCGCAGCCAGCAGAAUGCUCGGAGGGGGGUGAUGGUGUGGUGGGGUGGGGGGAAAUGCAGGAGAGCGGGAUUCGAGACAAAGUCACGAUUGCGUCGCGGCUAGAUGGUCGGAGGGGUUGGCUGGGAAGGCCGGUAGUAGUAGUAGUAGUAGUAGUAGCACAAGCAAGAGCGAGUAAGUAUGGAGAGAGUAAGGCACAGGACGGACGGCAUGCUAGCAGGCCUGGCCUGGCCCAGCAGCAGCAGCAGCAGCAAGCACCUGGGCUGGGGUUUACUUACUUACAGCAGCAAUUAUGUAGACGACGAGCAGGCAGACGAACGACUAGCAUCCGUCGCUCUGCCGGACUUGAGCGACUCGAUCACCGACUGGCCGUGUCGCCUCGUACCACAGCGACCCGAUGCCCGGUGCCCUUCGUGGUUGUGGCUGUGGUUAUGGUUGUGGUCGUGAUCGUAGUCGAGGUCGAUGCUUCUGCUCCUUACCACUGCUGCUGGUAUUGCUGGUGCUGCUGGCCAAAAAAAAACAGGCGGGUAAGGCGGCCUCGUCACCUCAUGAGCCUGGCUGUCGAGGCGGACCAAGGCCCCAACUGGCUCGGCCACUGGCUCAUAACCCUACCCUACCUGGCCCUAACUAACACUGCGGACGUACGCGGGACGAUUCCUUUAGAUCGCAAGGGCCAUGGUCAUCUGCGCCUCUUCACCAUCGCCGGGACAAAAGUGCCUGUAGGCGGACUCGCCUGGAUGCGUGAAACAGGCCAAGCCAGCUGGCGCCAGCGGCGGUGGCAUGCUGCAUGGCCCACGCUUGGUGUUGAGGGGCAAUCCUCGCACGCCGCCCCAUUACUCGCUACUACUUACUUUACUUACUGCUACCGCUACCGCUACCGCUACCGCCCACACGCUAGUCUUGCCCACUCCACCUUCCCUCUCCCACCCACCACUACCCCGCCAUGUGACGCAACCCAUCCCCCUCCGUCCCUGUCUGCACUACGUCUCCCCCUACGCUACGCUACGCUACACUACACUACACUACACAAGCACACGCCGUACAAAGUGUAA